GGGUAUAGCGACAGGAUUUGGACGGAUGCCAGAGUUGCGGUGCUUAGUAUCUCUGUGGGUGCCUAACGGCACGUUGAAUGCCUACCUAGCAUCUAACCAUCUAACAAUCCUGGACCAUUCACGUAUGCUGGAAGAUGUCAGCGCUGGACUUCGUUACCUGCAUUCGGUGUCUGUUGUGCACAGGGACAUAACAGGGGCGAAUAUCUUGAUUGAUGAGGGCGGCCAUGCGAGGUUAAUUGAUUUUGGUCUUUCCACAAUCGUUCGACCCCUUCUCGACCAGUCGCACUUGGCUGCGACAUCUAUACGUUCAGGUGCAAUCCUCUAUGCAGCACCAGAACUUGUUCUACCAGAUGAUGACCAUGACCUGGGGCCUUUGGAAAAAACUGAUAUAUACUCUUUUGGUUGUGUAAUGCUUCAAGUUCUCUCGGGUCGGCUCCCUUGGUCUGAGAUUAAGUCUGAAAGGCCGGACUCGCGUAUUGUUGUUAUGAUAUCUGAAGGCUGGGGACCGCAACGUCCAGAUGGUCCACCUGCAAUAAUAGACAUGGAUUGGGACUUCAUCCAAAGGUGUCUGCAAUUCGGACCCGAACUUCGACCUUCAGCAGAUGAAGUACUUGACUUUGUCAUGCAUAGGUUUUCCUCAUCAGGUUCUACUAGACCACCUGAUGAUCCUCCGGAUGAUUCUCCAGAUGAUCCACAGGAUGGCUUCCCCGGAGAUUCCUCCUACGGUGUUUCUGGUGGCUCGGACGCAACAGAACGACUUCCUGACAUUCCGCCACCCACCAUGAUGAUGAACUGA